CUGUGUCGUGGUGUGGGACGUCCGGCCGCGACGUGUUGUCGGCCCCCUGAGCCCGUUUAGUAGUGGAGUUUGCUUUCCUAACGUGACCAAAUGAUCGAGAGCAAAGCAGAGGCAACUUCAGACUCGUGCACGACAGGUCGACUUGAACAUGAGCACUUGCUUUUUGAGUUGGAAACAAGCGACUCGAGCAGCGUCGGUCUGGUUCUCAGGGCUAUUUAUGACGGAGACGAACAUGAAAGGUUUCUCGAAAAAUUGGACGCUCGCAUCAACGAUCAUGACAGAGAGAUUGAAAAGAUGUGCAACUUCCACUACCAGGGCUUCAUUGACUGCAUCAGAGAGCUUUUGCACGUACGGAGCAAAGCACAAAAGCUGAAAAACGAAGUAACCCGAACAGACCAGGAGCUGCAAGAAACUGCAAAGCGUAUGUUACAAAGGGCUGAUGAAUUAGUCAAGUAUGGUCACAUUCAAAGUAACAUAGCCUGGACGAUUGGAAGCCUAAGUGUGUGUCUUCCUGUACUUGAUGUUUAUGCUAAAUUAAUGCAACAGAUGAAAGAACGCCGGUAUUACCCAGCACUUAAGACUAUUGAACAGUUGGAGCACACAUAUUUGCCGCGAGUGUCUCAGCAUCGGUUUGCCCAGUCCAUGGCAGUCUGUAUACCAAAGCUGCGUGACCGUAUCAAGGAAGCAUCCUUGUCAGAGCUGAAAGAUUUCCUUGAGAAUAUUCGCAAGCAUUCAGGACGCAUUGGGGAGGUGGCAUUGAACCAGGGCUGCAAGCAAGAACAGACCUUGGACGAAGACAUGAGCGCACAAGACUUGGUGGAUUUCUCACCAGUGUACCGCUGCCACCACAUCUACAGUGUGCUGGGAUCACGGGAAACGUUUGAAGCUUACUACCGACAACAACGAAAGCACCAGGCUCGGCUUGCCUUACAACCGCAAAUGAACAUGCACGAGACAAGUGAUGGAUAUCGUAAAUACUUUGCAGAAAUUGUUGGGUUCUUUGUGGUUGAGGACCACAUUUUGAACACAGCAAGUGGCCUUGUGAAUCAGGCAUACCUGGACCAAGUCUGGGAGAAUGCCUUGUUAAAGAUAACAGCAGCAUUAAGGACACACACUGCCUACUGCACAGAAGCCAGCCUGAUGCUUGAUGUUAAGAAACUUAUUCUCCUGUUCAGCGAAACACUACGGAGCUACGGAUAUCACGUGGACCCAGUGCACAACUUGUUACUUGAGAUACAGGAGCAUUACAAUGAGAUUCUCAUGAAGCAUUGUGUUCAGACCUUUCGCAGGAUUUUUGAUGAUGACUCUUACCACCCUAUUGAAGUUGCAACACAAGAGGAGUACCAGAAAGUUGUGGCUAUUUUCCCAUUUCGAGAUGAGGUAUUGGAAAAGGCACCAUUUCCAAAAAAGUUUCCAUUUUCACGGUUUGUGCCUGGCAUCUUUGAUGAAGUCAAAGGCUUUAUCCGUGAAUGCCUCAAGUUUUCUGAAGACCUCAAUGUCAGUCAAACUGAAGUUGAGGACAUGGUACGGAAAGCUACCAACCUGCUGCUGACCCGAACACUAGGAGGUUGCCUCUCAUCACUCAUCAAAAAACCAAAUGUUGGUCUUCUGCAGCUAAUACAAAUCACGAUAAAUACAAACUACCUUGAAGAUGCUAGUGUGUACCUGGAGCAGUUCAUCUCCUCUAUUUUCAACCGGUGGUGUGGUGACAGUCAUCAUGUGGCUAAACUUCAAGGGCGGACAAUGUUCAAGGAUGCCCGAAAAGAUGCUGAGGACCAAAUUUAUGAACAGCUGAAAGCCAAGAUAGGAGAGUUUUUGGAACUUGCCCAUUAUGACUGGCUUCUGGUUGAACCCGAAGGCCAAGCCAGCAAUUACAUGAUGGAUCUGAUUGCAUUCUUGAACAAUGUAUUUCAAGCAUUCACAAAUUUGCCGGACAAAGUGGCUCAAACAGCUUGCAUGACUGCCUGCCAGCACCUUGCUACAUCUCUAUUGAACAUCCUCACCUCAGAGGACGUCAAGUUCAUUUCCAUUGGUGCUUUGCAGCAGUUCAACUUGGACGUCAUCCAGUGUGAACAGUUUGCAAGCUCGGAACCAGUAAAAGGCUUCAAGGAGGGUGUGCUGCAGAUGUUCUUCGUAGAACUGCGUCAGCUUCUAGAUCUCUUCAUGGCAGAGGACUGGUCAACCUAUUUCCAUGACCAUGGAAAGGAGAGCAGCCGGUACCUGCGUGUAAACCCAAGCCUUGCUUUGCUGCUUCUUGAGAAGGUGCGAGAGGCUGACAAAAAGAAGAACAUUUUCUCAUCGCUAAAGCAGAAGGAACGAGACAAGAAGAAGUUGCAGGAAACUGUGCUCAAACAGCUGCGGCAGCUGGUAGCUUGAGCGACAGACUUUGUGCCAGUGAACAAAAAAAAAAUCUGAAACAUGUUUUAUUGAUCGCUUUGGCAACAUAC